AUGCUGGAGCGUAUGUCCCGUCGAUCUCGCUCCUUGCUCUCCCUGACCUUGACCACUCUGGCUCUGGCCCUCUCCAUCCUGGCUCUCUGCACCUCUUACUGGUGUGAGGGCACCCACAAGGUGGUCAAGCCACUCUGCCUGUCGCCCGUCAAAAUGAAGAACUGUGGUCAGAACAACAGCGAGCCUUACACCACAGAGAGUCCCACCCAGAACCCCUUCAACCGCACACUGUCUCCAGCCAGGAGAGACGAGCUGGCCAAGAUCAGACAGAGGCAGCUGGCCAAUGCAGUUCAGUACAUCUGGGAGACGGGAGAAGACAAGUUUGCUUUUAGAUACUUCCACACUGGUUUCUGGGAGAGCUGUGAGAAACACAGCGAUGGGGAGAAAUGUCGAAGCUUUAUCGAGUUAACACCUGGAGAAACACAAGGUGUGCUCUGGCUCUCAGUCAUUUCAGAGUUUACGUACAUCGGUCUGCUGGGGAUGGGCUUCUUACUGAUGUGGCUGGAAGUCUUGUGUUCCAAGAAAGAGAUGCACUCGCUAAAGAUUAAUGCCUAUGCAGCUAUCUGUACUGUGUUAUCAGGUCUUCUAGGGAUGGUGGCCCAUAUGAUGUACACCACAGUGUUUCAGAUGACAGUCAUUGUGGGCCCCAAAGACUGGAGGCCUCAGUCCUGGGACUACGGCUGGUCUUUUGCUCUUGCCUGGGUGUCCUUCAGUUGCUGUAUGGGCGCAGCUGUGGUCACGCUCAACUCCUACACAAAGACCAUUAUCGAGCUCCGUCGCAAACAGAGGCUCCGUUUGGAGGAAGCGAGAGCCGCCACUCAUGCUCCGUCCUACGAUGAGGUCGUUCAAGGAGGCGGGCUCUACUCUGUCAGCGGCCUGUUGCAGUGUCCAGAGGGCAUGAUCGACGUAGCGUGGGCCCCGAAUGGCAGUGUGGUUGGAGUGGGAAAUGGAGAUGUACCAACGCUAGUUUUGGUAGGAGGCUGUGGCCCAGAGGGGUGUGAAGACUGUGAGAGAGAGAUGGAUGAGAUGGAUGACGCCAUGGUCCGAGUUGAUUCACCUUGUUAGGGGAUCUUUUAUAUCCAUCAACUGAAAAGGCCUGAAAAACGGAAAAAGGAAUGACGCUGUCGCCGUGCUGAAGACGAUCAACGUGAGCAAAUACGUCCUGUUUUUCUUUUCUUUCACUAUGACUUUCAGUGAAAUAGGAACAUACAAAUUGGUGGUUGAAGGCCGGUCAAAUCAAUGCAUAUCAAACUGCAAAGACUGCAAUAUAUAAAUAUGUCCCACUGACAUGCAAGACUUUGUCUGGGACUGUUUUCUGGGUAUUUCUCAGUGCC